AUGGCUGUCACGUCACUUCCCGUUGAUUUGCUUUCACCAUUUCUCAAACCUCUUGCCACCGACAAAAAAUCCAUGUACAACUGCUUGCUAGUAAGUCGUUUGUGGUGCCGAACUAUAGUUCCGUAUUUGUGGCGUAACCCUUUCCAAUUAAUCAUAUACGACCGGCAAAAUCGUAGUAAAACUCAAGCUCUACUUAAAACAUAUUUCAUUUGCCUCGAAAACGAUAAAAAGUCUUCACUACUUCAAGAAUUUAAACUCGACGCUCUAGGUACUCUAUCGGAUCUCUCGUCGCCAACAUUUCAAUAUCAAUGCUAUUUGGAGAAUUUACCUGACAGUAGAUUACUUUCAUCGAUUGGGUCGUGGUUUACUAAACCUGAAGCAUCGGCACAAGAUAGAUUGGCCCAAUCUUUGUGCUUCAAAGCAUUAUUUGAGAUGUUUGUACGAGAUGCCAAGAAUCUUAAAGUUUUGGAAUUAUGGGGAAUCUUCUGGAACUUGUCAAUUGAUAAUACUGCAAUAAGUGAAAUUAUCCACGCAAUUCAGAUUCAGCAGACUAAAUUAAAACAAUUGAAAAUAUCUUUCAGAAAUGUACUCAUCAGCAACGAGAAAGUUAUUCGCAGUGGAAAACAAAUGUCAGGCAUCGUUGAAUCACAAAAGAAGUUGGAAUCGAUAAUAAUCGACCAAGGUGGCGGUAAAUGGAUGGAUAUAUGCUUAAACGCGUUAACAGCUCAGACAGCUUCUUUAGAAGAGAUUACUUUCAAAGAGUGUAGUUUUGCCAGAUCUUUUUCAUUGCAGAGUGGUUAUUUUGAGAAGUUUGUAAAUUUGCGUAAAGUUGAGUUUCUUGAUUGCGAAGGUUUAAAUGAUGAAUUUUUGACAUCUUUGUCUGGUCAAGUAAAUAUAAAUAUGGAUACGAAAACAAUUGUAUUUAUGCCAAACGACGACAUUAAAAGUUAUAAUGUAUUUGAUACAUUUGAUGUUACAAGGCAAAAAAAAAUAUGUAAAGAUUAG